AUGGCCAGGUUGACAGAAAUCAGGAAAAAUAAUGAACAAAGACUGAGAGAUAAUUUGGAGGAAAGAAAUAGAAAGCUAAACAGUGUGAAAUCUAAGCUAGACAAGAAGAAGAAAGAAAUGGAAGAGAUGGUAAAGUUUAUGGAGGAUAACAAGAGCAUCAUGUCGGAAUACGGCUUCAUUGACAACCACAGGGAACUGUCAAAAAUUCUGUCUGUUCUAGAUUUUUAUGUGGAUAUGAAAAGUUGUGAACUUUCAAUGAGAUACAGUAAAAGAGAAAUCAGAGAUGAAGUACUGGAGAAUAUGAUAGGAAAAAAUCUAAAUUUAGACAAUAUCAGUUUGACUGAAACGGAUUCAUUUAAAUAUGGAGAUGAUUUAAUAGUCGUAUUGGGGGCAUUGUGUGAAGAUCAGUGUUACAUAAGAGAAUUUCAGUCAGAUUACAUUGAACAAUCAGUGGACGGUGGACUACUGGUCACCUUGAGAGACAAGGAAUCAGAUCCUUACAAAUUUGAGUCACACAGCAGACGUCUGGUGAGACAUAUCACAGUAACAGGUGAUGUCAUCCAUGAGUAUGAGUACCAGGAGGACGGUCAGACCAGACUGUUUACAUGGCCACUUAGUGUCACACAGAACAGUGACAUCUGUGUUGUAAACUGUACAAGCCGCGCUACAGGUGAACUAAUGAUUAUGUCCCCCUCUGGGCAUAUAAAGUAUGUCUACUGUGGACAGAAUCUGGCAGUAAGACAAUCUGAUGUAGUAUGCGACUCUCUUUGUAACAUUCUUGUUACAGACCUAGUAAACAAACAAAGCCAUCUGCUGAAUCCUGACGGGGAGUUCCUGAAGUUCUUACUGACAGAAAAUGAAGUGAACCUUCCA